AUGGCUCGAUUGCUCAUUGCCGGCAUAGAACAGAACAGAAAAAGACAGAACAGACAGGGCUGCACAGAUGACAAGGGCUGCAUUGAUGAAAAGGGCUGCACUUAUGAUGACAAGAGUUGCACAGACGAAAAUGGCUGUUUUGAUGGCAAGGCCUACAAUGAUGACAAUGGCUGUAAUAAUAGUGAUAAGCGCUUUACAGAUGACAAGGGUUGCAUUAAUAACAAGGGCUGCAUCGAUGACAAGGGUUGCCUUGAUGAAAAGGCCCGCACUUAUCACAAAGAAUGCACUGAUGACACGGGCUGGAAUGACGAUGACAAUGGCUGCACUGCUGAUGACAAGGGCAGCACAGAUGACAAGGGCUGCAUUGAUGGCAAGGGCUCCGCAGAUGACAAGGGCUGCACAGAUGAUGCCAAAAUCCGCCUAGAUGACAAGCGCUGCGCAGAUGACAAGGGCUGCAAUGAUGAAAAGGGCUGCACUGAUAAUAAUAAGGGCUGUACUGAUGAUAAAUUGGGCUGCAAUUAUCAUGACAAGUGCUGCACAGAUGAACAGGGCUGCACUGAUGAAACGGGCUGCAUAGAUGACACGGGCUGCGCAGAUGACAAAGGCUGCACAGAUGAUAAAGGCAGCGCAGAUGACAAAGGCUGCGCAGAUGACAAAGGAUGCACAGAUGACACGGGCUGCGCAGAUGAAAAAGGCAGCGCAGAUGUCAAAUGCUGCGCAGAUUACAACGGAUGCACAGAUUACACGGGCAACACAGAUGUCAAAGGCUUCGCAGAUAACAAAGGAUGCACAGAUGACAAGGGCUGUGCAGAUGGAAAAGGAAGCGCAGAUGUCAAAUGCUGCGCAGAUGACAAGGGAUGCACAGAUUACAGGGGCAGCACAGAUGACAAAGGCUGCGCAGAUGACAUGGAUGACAAAGAUUGCGCAGAUGCCAAGGAGUGCACAGUUGACAAGGGCUGCGCAGAUGACAAAGGUACCGCAGAUGAUAAAGGCUGCUCAUAUGACAAGGGAUGCACAGAUGACAAGGGCAGCGCAGAUGACAAAUGUUGCGCACAUGACAAAGACUGCGCAGAUGACACAGGCGCCGCAGAUGACAAAGGCUGUGCAGAUGACAAAGGUUGCGCAGAUGACAAGGUAUGCAAAGAUGACAAAGGCUGCGUGGAUGGCAAAGGCUGCAAAGACGACACGUGCUGCUCAGAUGGCAAAGGCUUCGUGGAUGACAAAGUAUGCAAAAACGACACGGGCUGCACAGAUGACAAAGGCUACGCAGAUGACAACGGCUGCACAGAUGACACGGGCUGCGCAGAUAGCAAAGGCUGUGUAGAUGACAAAGGCUACGCAGAUGCCACGGGCUGCGCAGAUAAAAUGGGCUGUGUAGAUGACACGGGCUGCGCAGAUUACAAAGGCUGCAUAGAUGAGCAAGGCUGUGCAGAUGACAAAGGCUGUGCAGAUGACAAGGGCUCUACAGAUGACAAGGGCCUAACUUAUGACAAGGGGCGCACAUAUGACAUUGGCUGCACUGACGACAAGGGGUGCACAUAUGACAUAGGCUUCGCUGACGACAAGGAGUGCACAGAUAACACGGGCUGCACUGGCUACAAGGGUUGCACAUAUGACAAGGGCUGCACUGUCGACAAGGGAUGCACAGAUGACAAGGGCUGCACUGUCGACAAUGGGUGCAUAGAUGACACGGGCUGCACUUGCUACAAGGGGUGCACCGAUGACAAGGGCUGCACUGUCGACAAGGGAUGCACAGAUGACAAGGGCUGGGCAGAUGACAAAAUCUGCAAUCAUGACAAUGGCUGCAAUCAUGACAAGAUCACAUAUGAAAAUGGCUGCACUUAUGACGAAGGCUGCGCAGAUGAUAAGGGUCUGACUUAUUACAAGGUAUGUGCAGAUGACAAGGGGUGCAAUGAUGAUGACACUAGCAUCACAGAUGACACGGGCUGCAAUGAUGAUGACAACAGGCUUGAGGAUUGCAUGAUACUGGGUGAUGACAAGAACCGCUCGGAUGACAAGAACCUGCAGCCAUUUAAGGAAGACGCCAAUAAUUAUACAGCCAUCACACAGCGGAUCCGGAUCAAAGACAACAAACGAAAUUAA